AUGGAUAUUCAACUAAAGCCAACAAAUGUGGAUCAUGAAGAAAACCAAACAAUAAUCACUGAGUUUUGGCUUCAAGGUUUCCAAUGUAGCCAUCAAUAUAAGAUUUUACUUUUCUUUUUGUUCUUGAUAACUUACUCUGCAACAUUAACAGGGAAUGCAUUGAUUAUCACAUUGGUAAUUGUGAGUCCUGAGCUUUGGUCUCCUAUGUAUUUCUUCCUUAGUCACCUCUCUUUAGAUGAAAUCUUGUGCACUACAAAUAUUAUACCCAACAUGCUAAACUCCCUGCUGAGAGAAGAUGGUUCUAUUUCUAUUGAGGGAUGUUUCACCCAAAUAUUUCUUUUUGGAUAUUUAACUGUUACAGAAUGUUUCCUUCUAACAAUAAUGUCCUAUGAUCGUUAUCUUGCAAUCUGUGUCCCUUUAAAUUACUCCUCUCUCAUGAGCUUGAGACGUUGCAUUCAACUCUCCUCUGGAGCAUGGAUAGCGAGUCUUAUUUUAUCAAUACCGGGUUCUUGCUUUGUAUAUAUUCUACAAUACUGUGGCUCAAAUGUUAUUGAUCACUUCUUCUGUGAUUUUACCUUGAUUAUGAAACGAUCAUGUUCAACAACUUUUGUGACAGAAACAGAAACUAAAAUAUUUGCCAUAAUUGUGACAAUGCCGUCACUUCUAUUUAUUUGUUUCACUUACAUCUAUAUUAUAGUCACUAUCCUCAAAAUUCCUUCUACCAUUGGGAAGCAGAAAGCUUUUUCUACCUGCAGUUGCCACCUGACCGUUGUGUUUAUGUAUUAUGGAACACUUAUUGCGAUCUAUGUAGCUUCAACAAAAAGUCAUCCAUACAAUAUCAAUAAAAUACUCUCAUUGCUCUACACUGUAGUGACUCCUUUGCUCAACCCAUUGAUAUACAGCUUAAGGAAUAAAACAAUGAAAAGUUCCUUUAACAAAGCCAUUCGGACAAAAAUAUAA